AUGCAAGUGUGCUUUUACCUGCGGAUGGGAUUAUCUCUGCUGCCGCUGCAGGUGACAGACCAGCGACUGCAGAGUAGAGGUGAAGUCAGAGGGCCGGUUAAUGUGGUCUCUGCAUCCAACCUCACUAAAUCCCAGCAGACAGUAAUUCAAAACUCUUUCAGUAAUGAAGACAGUCCUGCUGGAGAAGAUACUGGAGAGAAGACAGCCACGGCCAUGUCCAUGCAGACAGCAGCUGACCCUACACUCACACAAACAGCAGAUCAAUUCUACGUGAUGAUGACUCCUUCAGAUGUUCUGCAUUCUGCCUCUCAGCUGACUUUAGCUCCACGCACACAUAUGUACACUGUAGGUGAACACAAUGCACAAGAGCAUGACAGUUUUAACUGGAAAAUGGACAGUCUGCGCACUCCUAGAGACGAGAGGAGAAGAGCACAACAUAAUGAAGUUGAAAGGCGACGGCGAGACAAAAUCAACAACUGGAUUGUGGCGCUCUCGAAAAUCAUCCCAGACUGCAGCAUAGACGGCACCAAGACUGGAGCCAGUAAAGGUGGGAUCCUGUCAAAGGCGUGUGAUUACAUUGGCGAGCUGAAGCAACAUAACCAGCGGCUGCAGGAGAGUUUGAGAGGAGUGGAGAGAGUGCAGAUGGACAAUGAGCUGCUCAGACAGCAGCUGGAGGAGCUCAAGAGCGAGAACGGCCUUCUGCGAGCGCAGCUGGAGCAUCACGGCAGAGACACGAUCGCAGACGCCUCGGCACAAUGAGUCUCAGACAUUCUGGGAAAGAGAUUCUGGCCAAUCCAGACCACAAAAGGCCCUCAGAGAAUGACACAGGACUGCAGUGGGCCGAAUGACAGUCCCAGAGACAGCGCUGAUGUCUGAUACAGUCCGGCUUGCUACCGAUGAGGUCAAAGGUCAAGAAGUUUCCAUUAGCACCAACACCAGGAGCCCAUGACUAGUUAUUCUUCCUAACUAACUCCGAACUAAACGGUGGAAUAUACUGUAGUUAGACAGCUUUCAUUAUGUGUUUUUAGUUGUCCCCGCUCUAUAAUACACCCUAGACAUUUUCCUUUUGCUUUUCCUAAUUUUCCAGCUUUGUUGCUUUCAAUUUUGUCUUCAUGCUUUACUUGAAGUAUUAGUUGUUUGUGCAAUGCCUCAUUUAAUUUAAAAUUCUCCCGGAGAAAAUCUGCCGCUUUGUGGUGUUUCGAAAGCUCGUUACGGGACGAAUGAAGCCGUGAUGAAAUGUCAUUAGCGGUUCCAGUGAAAUUUAGUGUUAAAAUCGGAACAAAAGCACCUGCGUACGGCUCCCGCUGAAAGAAAGCUCUGAUGCAAGAAAAUGAGCUCCGUCUGGGAUUAUUAGCUUCUUAUCUCGGAUCGCCUUCGGAAGACAGUUCGGAAAGCAUCGCCUAAUCUAAGAAGCAAAUGAGAAAAUCUUCACAAAGCCUUGUAGCUAAAUGCUGGACAUCUCAGAACUGAAGAAACGUUUGUUAUUGUGUGUUAGAGGUUUAUUCUGUUACCUUAAUCUAAUCACCAGGUCUAAAACACCUGAAAAUGUAAUGGCCUGUCUUGGUUGCUAAGCCUAUUUGCAAUCCUCAAAAGUUACGGUUUUGUUCUUAGUUUACUUGGUAAGUGCCUGAACAUUUUGUGCCAUAUUUAUAUAAAUAGCAUUUUGUUCCAGGCUGUUAUUUUUCUCCAUAAUUCAAUCAUUAUUCACUGAUUAACCAUUGCUCUCAAAAUACAGCGGCAAGAGACACGAAAACCAAUGAAAUUUUCAUUUUCAAUUUGAUUUACAAAGC